AUGAAGGAGGAGAUUUUUAACAAACCUGUGAAGGCGAACCUCACUGCCGCAGCCAUGCCAACAUCUCGCGUGAGCCGACUUUUCCAUUACGGAGGUUUGGCCGCAUCAUUGGGAGUUGGAGCAAUCUCGGAAACUAUGCGUCGAACUGUCGGCCGAGGAACGACUUCGAGCGAAUCGCCGUUGUUCUUGACGCCAGCCAAUAUGGAUCGUCUAGUUAGUAAGCUGACACGGAUGCGAGGAGCAGCAUUGAAGCUGGGCCAGAUGCUGAGCAUCCAGGAUAACAAGAUGUUGCCGCCAGAGUUGGAGGAGGUUUUGCUGCGGGUUCAGAACAGCGCCAACUUUAUGCCCGAGAAGCAGAUGAGAAAAGUCAUGGUCCAGACGAUGGGAUCGAACUGGGAAUCCGAAUUUUCAGAGUUCGGGAUGACCCCUAUCGCUGCAGCAUCGAUCGGACAAGUCCACAAGGCCAUUCACAGGGCCACAGGGAUGCCUGUGGCGGUCAAGGUCCAGUACCCCGGCGUGGCCGCGUCGAUCGAUUCGGAUCUGUCGAACCUCAAGACCCUGGUACUCAUGUCUAGUAUUCUACCGAGGGGCAUGUACCUCGAUAACACGAUCAAGGUUGCGCAGCGUGAGUUGGGUUGGGAGACGGACUAUCUACGCGAGGCUGACUGUAUUGAGGAGUUUGGACGACUCAUGGAGAAUGAUCCGGAUUAUCAGGUGCCAAGACUAGUGCGCGAGGCGUCGGGACCGAUGGUGUUGACGAUGGAGUGGAUGGAGGGCGAGUCAAUGACGCAGGUGAUGCAGACGCGCGAUCAGGCGGUGCGGGACCGGAUCGGGACGAAUAUCUUGAGUCUUUGUUUGAAAGAGUUGUUCGAAUACCAGUACAUGCAGACGGAUCCCAAUUGGACAAACUUUUUGUAUAAUCCGACGACGACGAAGCUGGAGCUGCUGGAUUUUGGAGCGACGCGUGGAUUCGAGUCAAGGUUCACGACGUUGUACCUCAAGACGAUUUUGGCGGGCGCAGCAGGAGACCGAGAUGGGUGCUUGAGGUAUUCGAGGGAACUUGGGUUCUUGACGGGCGAGGAGACACCGGUGAUGGAAACCGCGCAUAUCAGUUCAUUGUUGACUCUGUCGGAGCCGUUCCAGGAGUCAGCACCGGAUGUAUACGAUUUCAAGUACCAAACGAUUACGCAGAGGGUCAAGGAUGAGAUCCCGACGAUGCUGAAGCACAGACUAACACCGCCGCCGGACGAGACCUACUCGAUGCAUCGUAAGAUGGCAGGUGCGUUCUUGCUGUGCUCCAAAUUGGGCGCUCGUGUCGAGUGCAAGAAAUUGUUCAGAGAAAUCACAAGCCGUUACAGCGAGGAUAAGGUCAAUGAGCGACGCGGAGUGAAUUUUGGUCGCGGCACUUGA